CUGUUUUCUGUUUUACAGCAGCUUUAGCUCUGCAGAAAUGAAGCAUCCAGCCUACACUCUCCUUCUCUCUCUCAUCAUGUCUAUGUGUGCUGGGAGCAAAGGGCUUGCUGAGCAGCUAACUAAGGAAAACCUGACCGUGUCCCUCCUGCCUCCUAACUUCCACAAAGAGAACACAGUCACCAGUGACUGGAUCCCAGAAGGGGAGGAAGAUGACGACUACCUGGACCUGGAGAAGCUGCUCAGUGACGAUGACGACUACAUCUAUGUCGUCGAUGCAGUUUCCCCAACAGACUCAGAAUCAAGUGCUGGCAACAUCUUGCAGCUUUUCCAAGGCAAAAGCCGGAUCCAGCGCCUUAACAUCCUCAAUGCAAAGUUUGCCUUCAACCUUUACCGAGUCCUGAAGGACCAGGCUACCUCUUCUGAUAACAUUUUCAUAGCACCCGUUGGCAUUUCCACUGCCAUGGGGAUGAUCUCCUUAGGUUUGAGGGGAGAGACCCAUGAGGAAGUACACUCAGUUCUACACUUCAAAGACUUUGUCAAUGCUAGCAGCAAGUACGAGGUGACUACCAUUCACAACCUCUUUCGAAAGCUGACCCAUCGCCUAUUUAGAAGGAAUUUUGGGUACACACUUCAGUCAGUUAAUGACCUUUAUAUUCAGAAGCAGUUUCCCAUACGGGAGGACUUCAAAGCUGCCAUGAGAGAGUUUUACUUUGCUGAGGCCCAGGAGGCUGACUUCUUGGAUCCUGCCUUCAUAUCAAAGGCAAACAGCCACAUUCUGAAGCUCACCAAGGGCCUUAUAAAAGAAGCUUUGGAGAAUAUAGACUCUGCUACUCAGAUGAUGAUUCUGAACUGCAUCUACUUCAAAGGAGCUUGGGUGAAUAAAUUCCCAGUAGAAAUGACGCAUAACCACAACUUCCGGCUGAAUGAGAGAGAAGUAGUAAAAGUCUCCAUGAUGCAAACUAAAGGGAACUUCCUUGCGGCAAACGACCAGGAGCUAGACUGUGACAUUCUGCAGCUGGAGUAUGUAGGGGGCAUCAGCAUGCUAAUUGUAAUUCCACGGAAGCUGUCGGGAAUGAAGACUCUUGAAGCACAGCUUACACCCCAGGUAGUGGAGAGAUGGCAAAAAAGCAUGACAAACAGAACCCGAGAGGUACUUCUGCCCAAGUUUAAGCUUGAGAAGAAUUACAACCUGGUGGAGGUCCUCAAGUCCAUGGGAAUCACAAAGCUCUUCAACAAGAAUGGCAAUAUGUCAGGCAUCUCAGACCAGAGGAUCGUCAUUGAUCUGUUCAAGCACCAAAGUACCAUCACAGUGAAUGAAGAGGGUACCCAAGCUGCAGCUGUAACUACAGUGGGGUUCAUGCCGCUGUCUACCCAAGUCAGAUUCACUGUUGACCGUCCCUUCCUGUUCCUAGUGUAUGAGCACCGAACCAGCUGUCUGCUGUUCAUGGGAAGAGUGGCCAACCCUGCCAAGUCUUAAUGGUGCUGGUCUGGGCACCUGAUGUAGUUUGGGGACACUCUGUAAUCCUGUUUUCAUUCUAAGAGGACAGAGAUAUUUUGAUAUUGAUAAUCUAUGUAGUUUGAGAUAAUAAUCUAACAGUAAACAGUGUCAUAAGUGCACAGAUGUUAAUGCAACUAAUGGUCAUGCCAGCUAUUCCCUAGAGGUCCUAGACACAGACUGCCUCAGCGCCAACGCCUCUGUCACUGAGAAUGGGCAGAGUGGAGCUGACACUUUCUCCUCAGGUAGCCGUACCAGUCAAGGUGUCUCCUCAGCCAGGCCCCUCCAUAUGGAUGGUACUGAGGAACUCUCACCCUUCCAGGGAGGAUGUCCAAGGAGCACCAUUCUUGCCGAGUGGAAAAGGAACCUCAACAUGUCUGAGACGUUUGGACUUAAUUCAAGGCUGAACCUUUUAAAUUCAUGUAAAUAUCAUCUGUUCUGCUUUGUGUAAAUAGGGCUACCAUAGCCUAUUCUAGAGACAAAUAAACAACCAUAUUUACUGAGCA